CACGCGAGAUUUCGUCCUUGUCCUAGUCCGGCUGCUGGGCGCCGGGAGCGCUCUUUUCGACGCGGCGGAAGAGUACAUAUGGCCGUUUUGCCUGCCUAAUAUUUCUACACCACGUGCACGCAGUGCUCACAGAGCCCAGAAGAGGACAUCGAAUCUCUUAGGACUGCUUACAGCUAUUUUUAGGCUGGCAUAAAAUUGGGAAAGGCCGCGAAAAGUGAUGGCUCAAUCAGAAGUGAAUUCUGUCUGUGUGGCAUCGGAUAGAGCUGGAGAUACUGGAGACCAAAGUGAUGACUCCUCUGAUGGCAGCUUAUUUAAAACUCAGUGUGCUCCUUCACCUAUACAAAAGCAAAGACACCCUACUGUGAAACGUGUUACUUUACCUGCAAGUGUUGAAACAGAUUCAUCAAGUGACUCUUCUAUAGAACCAAGGCCUCUGACUUUAAAGGCUAUUUUUGAAAGAUUUAAAAAAAAGAAACGGAAAAAGAGGAAAAAGAGAAAAUAUGAGCCAAAAUUAAGACCAAGAGGAAGACCAAGAGGAAAACCAUCGGGAACGAGGAUCACUAGAAGGUCGCAAAUAGAUGCAAAACAAAUUAAAGACAAAGGAGCUGUGUUUCCAUUCUUAGAAUCUGAGAGUGGAAGAAAACCUUUACCUUGGAAGAAAAUUUUAACAUAUGAGCAAGCUGUUGCAAGAGGAUUUUUUCACCACAUUGAAAAACUCAAGUAUGAACACCACCUUAAGGAAUGCUUGAAGCAAAUGCAUGCUGGGGAAGAUUUAGAAAAGGAAGACCUUGACAGUCGGAGGCACAAAUACAUGGAUGAUGAUGGUUCACUUUCUCCUAUUGAAGAGCCAUUAACUGAAGAUGAAGCAACAAAUCCUCAGGCUGAAUGUGAUAUCAAGUUGGUUGAAGACAGUUGCUUCAUAAUAAGUUCAGAAUUCUCAAGGAAGAGAAACUUGGAACAAGAGAAGAUUAAGAAAGAAUCUACAUUUUCUAAAAAAGCCAAAGAUGCCACACACAGAGAGAAAGGGCACAGAAGAACCUUGAAAGGAAAUGAACAUGUGACUAUUGAAGAAGGCACUGGCACUUCCUUCAUAAAGAUUAGAGUUGUGAGUGUGAGGAAUGGAUAUGAGAAGACCCUAAAGAGAUGUUUGGGUGACACGAGUGAACCCUACCCUAAAAUGGUAAGGCAUUAUUUUUCUUUUUCUUGCUGUCUUUACUUACUAGAUGCAUCAUAUAUGAGCCUCAUUGUACAUAAGAAUGGGCAUUGUUGGUCAUUGUCCAGAACUGGUCGAUGUGGCUAAAUUGAGAUACAGGUCAUGCUUCCAUCACAGCAGAUACAUUACAGUGGUGACAAUGAGACCUGUAACAUUUGUCUGUUACACUCAAGUAUGUUAAUUCAUUUUAUAAUAAUUUCUUAUGAUCAAUUUUGUAGGUUUAAAGAUAACAUGAAGGGUCCUUAAAAUAAAUUGAAGAAAUCCUCAAAUCUUCUGGUAAGAUGUUAACUCUGAAACCACAUGUGAGAUGAGGUAAUUCUGAAAUUCACUGCCAGGUUUGAAAAACACUACCAUAAAUGAUGUUGUGAUGAUGGGCAAAAAUGUUCAACUGCUCUGAAUGGGCUGAAUGAAAGUAGCCUUUCUGAACAUCUAUAUUGGAUAGGUCCACGUAUGCAGACUUGGUGACUCAUAGGUGAGCAAGAUAGUCUAGCUUCACAUAGCCCAUCUGGGUAUGAAGUUACAGUACUGUAGUUAUUAGGGUAUCAUGUGCGACAUUCAUUUCCCCCUAGUUUUAUUUAGCACUCAAAAUCAACCUCUAUAAUUCUUUGAAACAAAUUUCCUCCCUUGUUAAUAACUUAGAAGUAGCCAGGCAGAGGCAGGCGGAUUUCUGAGUUCGAGGCCAGCCUGGUCUACAGAGUGAGUUCCAGGACAGCCAGAACUAUACAGAGAAACGCUGUCUCAUUAAACAAACACAAAAACCCUUAUAAGUUGCCGGGCAGUGGUGGCGCACGCCUUUAAUCCCAGCACUCAGGAGGCAGAGGCAGGCGGGUUUCUGAGUUCGAGGCCAGCCUGGUCUACAGAGUGAGUUCCAGGACAGCCAGGACUACACAGAGAAACGCUGUCUCAUUAAACAAACACAAAACCCUUAUAAGUUGCCGGGCAGUGGUGGCGCACGCCUUUAAUCCCAGCACUCAGGAGGCAGAGGCAGGCGGGUUUCUGAGUUCGAGGCCAGCCUGGUCUACAGAGUGAGUUCCAGGACAGCCAGGACUACACAGAGAAACGCUGUCUCAUUAAACAAACACAAAAACCCUUAUAAGUUGCCGGGCAGUGGUGGCGCACGCCUUUAAUCCCAGCACUCAGGAGGCAGAGGCAGGCGGGUUUCUGAGUUCGAGGCCAGCCUGGUCUACAGAGUGAGUUCCAGGACAGCCAGGACUACACAGAGAAACCCUGUCUCAAAAUUAAAAACAAAACAAAAACCACACACACAAACCCUUAGAAGCUGUCAAAGACAGAUAAGAAAGGCAAGUAAGGGUCAUUUUUAUAAUGGUCAUUACCAAGGCUUCUAGAAUGCAGUUUCUCAUUUGCUGUGGACAUGACCAUAGACAAAUUCCCAUGAGGUUCUUCAUAUGCUGUUGGGAACAUGGUGAUGGCUGGAUGGGGUGGAUGGCUGGCUGACUGGGACAUUUGAGGAAGGUAUGUAUAUGGAAGGGGCUCCCAUAUACAUACAAUGAAGGUCAUUUCAAAGAGGGCUUUUUGGGCUAUAAAACCCACAGCUCUUAACGCUGUGACCAAAGAUUGAUGUUCUUCACAGAGAAAAUCCUGCACUGUUUUGAUAGUGCUGUGUUUUUCUGAGAAGAUAACAUACCCUGAAUCACUUAACAUACACUUAACACACCCUGAAUCACUUAACUCAUUAACACAUCUCUCAUUGUCUUCUCUUUCAGGUGACCUGGAUGGACAGCAAAGGAAUCAAAUCCCUCAAAUAAUUUAUUUGACUUAAAUUAAAAAUAAAUAAAUAUAUACAGUAAAAAGAA